AUGUCAGAAGAAGUUGUUUCUCAUGCCCUUGAAACCAUUAUUGAAGAAGAACAUGUUGCACCAAAAGUUGAAAAAGUUAAUGACACAGAUACAUCUAGCCAUUAUGGUCUAGAUUCAGGAUUCUACAUGUCAUCUUUUACAGCAACAAUUUUCGUUGUUUCCCUUGUCACUCUUGGAGUUUUACUUAUUACUUGGCUGGUUUCUUUGGUGAUUAUGCUGCAAUCAUGUCAAAGUAAAAGUACUGGAGUUAUUGAACUUGUGAAUAUGAAUAAUUACUACAGUUAUUGCAGGGUGUAUUCUCUGCAUGCUGAGAUCAAUAGGUUAGAGAGAUAUGAUCUUCCAAACAUAUGUAGAGAUCUGACUAUACAUUAUAUCAAAGGAGGGCAUUAUGCCAAAGAGUUGAAUUUAAUUGUGUCUAUGAUCGAUGAUUACUUCAAGAAUCUGAGACCUUCAGACAAUGGUUUGGAUGUGGUGUUGUUGGAUAUAGAUGAUAUUGUUCCUCCAAAUUCGUAUCAGAGGUUUCAUAGGGACGGCAUUAGCAACUGUGUCAAAGAGGCAAAACAUGUAAAGCUCAUGUUUGUUUUAAGAUUAUACAUGAACCUUCAAACUGAUGGGUGGCCUAUAAUUUUGGUAUCAAGAGAACCUGAAACGUACCAAAAUGUCACCAUUAAUCAUCUUGUUUCUGCAGGAUUUAGAGGUUGGUCUUCCUUGAUGAUGAGAACAGAAGAUUCAGAGUCUACUAAAGGAAAUGAGUACUUUUCUAGACGUCUGCUUUCGUAUCCAUCAGGUCAUUUCUUCCCUGCAGCUGAUCAGGUCGGGCAAGUUAAGUGUGGGAGUUGUACGCUAUUGCUAAUGUAUCCAUAUGGCGCUUCACAGGUCAGGUGUUCAUCAUGCCGGUUUGUGACAGAAAUCGGGGCAAUCAAAGACACUAUUAAGAAGAUGUUUAAGGACAAUUACCUCAACUUAUACACAACUGAUGUGGAUACUACAGGUUGGAUACACACCAAGUGUGGCUUUCCAAGCAUGGAAGAAAGCAUAUUAGAUCAGUUGAAUGAAGAGUUGAAAGAGAAAAUAAAGAAUGAUGUUUAUGACAUGGCUCCUUGGAAAUCUCCAAGUCCAGAUGGAUACCGUGUAGGCUUUUAUCAAAACUCUUGA